CGGGGCCAUGGGCUGGGGGAGCCGCUGCUGCUGCCCGGGACGGCUGGACUUGCUGUGCGUGCUGGCGCUGCUCGGGGGCUGCCUGCUCCCCGUGUGCCGGACGCGCGUCUACACCAACCACUGGGCAGUCAAAAUCGCCGGCGGCUUCCCGGAGGCCAACCGCAUAGCCAGCAAGUACGGAUUCAUCAACCUAGGACAGAUCGGGGCCCUGAAGGAUUACUACCACUUCUAUCACAGCAGGACGAUUAAAAGGUCAGUUCUCUCAAGCAGAGGAACGCACAGUUUCAUUUCAAUGGAACCAAAGGUGGAGUGGAUCCAACAGCAAGUGGUAAAAAAACGGACCAAGAGGGAUUAUGACUUUAGCCACGCCCAGUCCACUUACUUCAAUGAUCCCAAGUGGCCAAGCAUGUGGUAUAUGCACUGCAGUGACAACACACAUCCCUGCCAGUCAGACAUGAAUAUCGAAGGAGCCUGGAAGAGAGGCUACACGGGCAAGAACAUCGUGGUCACCAUCCUGGAUGAUGGCAUUGAGAGGACCCAUCCAGACCUGAUGCAGAACUACGAUGCUCUGGCGAGUUGUGACGUGAAUGGGAACGACUUAGACCCCAUGCCUCGUUACGACGCGAGCAACGAGAACAAGCACGGGACCCGCUGUGCUGGAGAAGUGGCCGCCGCGGCAAACAACUCUCACUGCACAGUUGGCAUUGCUUUCAACGCCAGGAUCGGAGGAGUUCGAAUGCUGGAUGGAGAUGUCACAGAUAUGGUUGAAGCAAAAUCAGUUAGCUUCAAUCCUCAGCAUGUGCACAUUUACAGUGCGAGCUGGGGCCCGGAUGAUGAUGGCAAGACUGUGGAUGGACCAGCUCCACUCACCCGGCAAGCCUUUGAAAACGGUGUUAGAAUGGGGCGGAGAGGCCUCGGCUCUGUUUUUGUCUGGGCGUCGGGAAAUGGUGGGAGGAGCAAAGACCACUGCUCCUGUGAUGGCUACACCAACAGCAUCUACACCAUCUCCAUCAGCAGCACAGCCGAAAGCGGAAAGAAGCCUUGGUACCUGGAAGAGUGUUCGUCCACGCUGGCCACAACCUACAGCAGCGGAGAGUCCUAUGAUAAGAAAAUAAUCACUACGGAUCUGAGGCAGCGUUGCACGGACAACCACACUGGGACAUCGGCCUCAGCCCCCAUGGCUGCAGGCAUCAUUGCACUGGCCCUGGAAGCCAAUCCGUUUCUGACCUGGAGAGACGUGCAGCAUGUUAUUGUAAGGACUUCCCGUGCAGGACAUUUGAACGCUAAUGACUGGAAAACCAAUGCUGCUGGUUUUAAGGUGAGCCAUCUCUAUGGAUUUGGACUGAUGGAUGCGGAAGCCAUGGUGAUGGAGGCGGAAAAGUGGACCACUGUUCCCCAGCAGCACGUGUGUGUGGAGAGCACAGACCGACAAAUCAAGACAGUUCGGCCCAACAGCGCGGUGCGCUCCGUCUACAAAGCAUCGGGCUGCUCCGACAAUCCCAACCACCACGUCGGCUACCUGGAGCACGUAGUUGUGCGCAUCACCAUCACCCACCCCAGGAGGGGAGACCUGGCCAUCUACCUGACCUCGCCCUCAGGAACCAGGUCCCAGCUUUUGGCCAACAGGCUUUUUGAUCAUUCCAUGGAAGGAUUUAAAAAUUGGGAGUUCAUGACCAUUCAUUGCUGGGGAGAACGAGCUGCUGGUGACUGGAUCCUGGAAGUUUAUGAUACCCCCUCUCAGCUGAGGAACUUCAAGACUCCAGGUAAAUUGAAAGAAUGGUCUUUGGUCCUCUAUGGCACCUCCGUGCAGCCAUACUCACCCACCAAUGAGUUUCCUAAAGUGGAACGUGUCCGGUAUAGCCGCGUUGAAGACCCCACUGAUGACUAUGGGACAGAGGACUAUGCAGGUCCCUGUGACCCUGAGUGCAGUGAGGUAGGCUGUGAUGGGCCAGGACCGGACCACUGCAAUGACUGUUUGCACUACUACUACAAGCUGAAAAACAACACCAGAAUCUGUGUCUCCAGCUGCCCCUCUGGCCACUACCACGCCGACAAGAAGCGAUGCAGAAAGUGUGCCCCCAACUGCGAGUCCUGCUUUGGGAGCCAUGGGGACCAGUGCCUGUCCUGUAAAUAUGGAUACUUCCUGAAUGAGGAGACGAACAGUUGUGUCACUCACUGCCCUGAUGGAUCGUAUCAGGACACCAAGAAAAAUCUUUGCCGGAAAUGCAGUGAAAACUGCAAGACAUGUACUGAAUCCGACAACUGUACAGAAUGUAGGGAGGGGUUAAGCCUGCAGGGAUCCCGGUGUGCCGUUGCCUGUGAGGACGGACGGUACUUCAACGGCCAAGACUGCCAACCCUGCCACCGCUUCUGCGCCACCUGCGCUGGAGCAGGUGCUGGUGGGUGUAUUAACUGCACAGAGGGCUACUUCAUGGAGGAUGGGAGGUGCGUGCAGAGCUGUAGUAUCAGCCAUUACUUCGACCACUCUUCAGAAAAUGGAUACAAAUCCUGCAAAAAAUGUGACACCAGCUGUUUGACAUGCAAUGGUCCGGGGUUCAAGAACUGUACGAGCUGCCCCAGUGGGUAUCUCUUAGACUUAGGAAUGUGUCAAAUGGGAGCCAUCUGCAAGGACGGAGAGUACAGUGACGAGCACGGCCUCUGCCAGAUCUGUGAAGCCUUGUGUGCCAAGUGCCGGGGGCCAACCCAGGAAGACUGCACUGGCUGCCCCGGCACAAGGAUUUUUGAUGAUGGUCGCUGCGUUUUGAACUGUCCCUCGGGCAAAUUUGAAUUUAAGAACCAAUGCCAUCCAUGCCACUCCACCUGCCAAGAAUGCCAAGGAGAUGAGCCUUCCAACUGCACCUCCUGUGGAGUAGAUAAGCACGGCCGAGAGCGGUUCCUGUACUGGGGAGAGUGCCAGGAGAGCUGCCCCACAGGCCACUACCCUGACGAGGGCCACACCUGCCGGCCUUGCCCGGACAAUUGUGAGCUUUGCCACAGCGCACACGUCUGCACACGAUGCAGGCGUGGCUACUUCCUGGGGCCCUCCAACCGCACCUGCCGGCAGUUAGAGUGUGGACAAGGUGAAGUCCAAGACCCAGACUACGAAGAAUGCAUGCCUUGUGAAGAAGGGUGUCUGGGAUGCAAUUUAGAUGAUCCAGGAACCUGCACAUCAUGCGCUAUGGGGUAUUACAUGUUCAAACACCAGUGUUAUAAAACCUGUCCUGAGAAGACCUACAGGGAAGAAUCUGAAUGCAAAGCAUGUGAUACCAACUGUGGCAACUGCGACCAGAAUGAAUGCUACUGGUGUGAAGAGGGCUUCUUCCUCUUGGGCGGCAGCUGCGUGAGGAACUGUGGCCCUGGCUUCUACGGCGACCCGGAGAUGGGAGAAUGUGAGCCCUGCCACCGAGCCUGCGAAACCUGCACCGGUCUUGGCCACAACCAGUGUAGCAGCUGCAGAGAAGGGUUGCAGCUGCUGCAUGGGACGUGUGUGCAUCUGGCCCAGACCCAGGUGGAAGGCAGAUUCUGGAAUGGUAUGGACCUCCCGAGAGAGAUCGCAGAACCUGUGCCCACUGCAAGCCCAUCUUUGGUGAAGAGCCCGCUGCAGGAGCGACGAAGGUGGAAGUUUCAAAUCAAAAGAGACCUCUUGGGAAGUUACCAGCCUUGUCAUUCUUCUUGCAAAACCUGCCAUGGAUCUGCAACCCUGUGCACUUCAUGUCCAGAAGGCACAUAUCUGUUGGCUCAGACCUGCGUCGCAUCCUGUCCCCAAGGCAUGUGGCCCUCAGUGAGGAGCGGCAGCUGUGAGAACUGUACCGAGGACUGUGCCUCUUGCUCUGGAGCCGAUCUCUGCAAAGAGUGCCAAACGCAGCCAGACCACCCCCUCUUCCUCCACCAAGGCAGGUGCUUCACCAGGUGCCCUGAGGGCUUCUAUGCAGAAGGUGGCACUUGUGAACGCUGUAGCCCUUCCUGCAGAACAUGUGAAGGGAAUGCCACCAACUGCCACUCGUGUGAAAGAGACCUCGUCCUGGACCAGGGGGUGUGCCGGGAAACCUGCCCCGAGAGGCACGUGGCCAUGGAAGGGGUGUGCAAGCACUGCCCAGAGAUGUGUCAGGACUGCAUCCAUGAGAAAACAUGCAAAGAGUGCAUGCCUGAGUCCUUCCUGUACAAGGAUACGUGCCACCAGUCCUGUCCCAGCCACUUCUACGCAGAUGCACGCCACUGUGUUCCCUGCCAUGAAGACUGUCUGGAGUGCAGCGGCCCCUCAAUGGAUGACUGUGACGUCUGUGCUGAGGCGUCCUUGGUUCUCUACGAUGGGCAGUGUUUGGAGGAGUGUCCAGAAGGAACUUACUUUGAAAAAGAGACUAAGGUUUGCAAAGACUGCCACAAGUCCUGCCAGACCUGCUCGUCCUCGGGGGCCUGCACGACGUGUCAAGAAGGCCUGAGGGUAAACAACCACGGCGGCUGCGUGCCUCACACUGAAUGCGCCGCCGUGGAGUACUGGGAUGAGGGGGCCCUGACCUGCAAGGCCUGUCAUGCCAAGUGCUUGCACUGCACGGGACCCUCGGAGGACCAGUGCCACACCUGCCUGCGGGACAGCCUUCUUCUUAACACGACCUGCGUGCAGGACUGCCCCGAGGGCUACUAUGCUGAUGAGGACAGCCACCGGUGUGCCCCCUGCCACAGCUCUUGCAGGACAUGUGAAGGGAGACACAGCGUGCAAUGCCUCUCCUGCCAGCCAGGGUGGUUCCAGCUGGGAAAGGAGUGUCUGCCCCAGUGCAGAGAAGGGUAUUACGCAGAAAACUCCACGGGGCGGUGCGAGAGGUGCAGCAGGAGCUGCAAGUCCUGCAGUGGCCCGCGGCCCACAGACUGCCUGUCCUGCGAUCCAUUCUUCUUUCUGCUCCACUCCAAGGGACAGUGUCAUCGUACCUGCCCAGAGCAUUACUACGCAGAGCAAAGCACACGGACCUGUGAGAGAUGCCACCCAACUUGCGACAAAUGCAAAGGAAAAGGAGCAUUGACUUGCUUAUCCUGUGUGUGGAGUUACCACCUGGCGGGAGGAAUCUGCGUCUCUGACUGUCUCGUGGGAGAGUACAGAGUGGGAGAGGGGGAGAAAUUUAACUGUGAAAAAUGCCAUGAGAGCUGCAUAGAAUGCAAAGGACCUGGCACCAAGAACUGUACUGUGUGUCCUGCCAACCUGGUGCUGCACAUGGAUGACAGCCGCUGCCUGCACUGCUGCAACACCUCCGAUCCCACCGAUGUCCAGGAGUGCUGUGACUGCUAUGACACCACAGAUGAGUGUAUCCUUCGAGCAAGUGAGGUUGAACCUGCAGGUGAGCCUUCCAAGACAGCCCUGUUCAUCACCUCCUCCGUUAUGCUGGUGUUUCUGCUCGGGGCAGCUGUGAUCGUCUGGAGGAAAUCUCGGGGCAGAGUCAGGCCCACAGAAAAGGCCGGCUAUGCAAAGCUGGCUGACCCUAGCAAGUCUUACUCCUCCUAUAAGGGCAGUCAUUGCGAGAGCACCAGCUUUGCAGAGGAUCAGGUGAUUGAGUACAGGGACCGCGACGAUGAUGAGGAUGUUGAGGAUGACAUUGUCUACAUGGGCCAAGAUGGCACCGUCUACCGGAAGUUUAAGUACGGGCUGCUGGAUGACGAUGAUGAAGAUGAACUGGAAUACGAUGACGAGAGCUACUCCUACCAGCAAACAGAGGUCACCUCCGCCCCGAGCCCAUUCUACUCACAGGCAUGCGUGUGAGCAUUACCGUGUUGGAUUUUAUCCCGACACACCAGGGUGACGUGAGGGUGUCUGUGUUUGUCUUUUUAACCACGAGUCCAACUAGAGUAUGUAAGAAUGCUGAAAUAUUUUGUUCUUCUCUUGGAUGGCUAAACUCCAUUAACCAUAAUAGUUCAACCAUAAUUGAGGAACAAGGAUAAAAUUCAGAAUGAUUUUCCUCAAAACAAUAUGUCAAGACGCAAAACACAGGAUGUAAAAAAAGUGAGAUCUGUGCAAACUGUUUUAUGUGAUUUAAAAAAAAAAAAAAAAGGAAAUGAACCUAUAGAGAUUCUGUUUCUCAGCUGUAUUGUGGAGAUAUCUGCUGCCUUCUCGAUUUCUGAUAUUUCUGUAAAUGAUUUUUGGGGGAUGGGGAGACAAAGGAAUUGUUUGUCUUAGGGGAUUUUUCUCCCCUUUUAGUUCUCUUUGGGGGGAGAUUUGUUCUAUAAGGGGCAACUAAAGAAGGUUCUCCUCCUCAUGUCAUUUAUACCAAUUAUUCCAGAUCACCCCUGAGCAGAAGAGGCCACCUCUCUUGAGGCUGGUCAUGACCUAUUUAUAGACAUGAGGAAAGACACAGGAAGUAGCGUCAUAGGCAAGGAAUCAGGCCGUGGUUCCUUUGCAGUAAUCUCUAGUCAUGAUGAGUCUAGAGCAAGCUCAGCCAGGAGAUAGGCAGGAGCAUCCCAGGAGGAAAGAAAGCACUAAGUUUCCAAGAAUGUCAGCCUUACACCCUCAUGAUUUUUCUAAGAGCAUUUCUGGUUGGAAACAUCAGCUAAAACAUCAAGUAAUAAAAGAAAAAUGUCAAUGUUAACCUAACAUAAAAAGAGGUAAAAUGAUAAAAACUUCAGACACUCUUAAAAAAAGACUUUAGCUACUUAAUUAAAGAGCUUUUAUCAACAGCCCAUCACAGAACUGUGGACUCUCCAUAGAAAAAGUUAGGAUGAAAUUCCCAACAUCCUGCUCACCAGCUUAAUCCGGCUGCUGACCAGCCUUCCAACACUCUUCAUCUCUGUGAUCUUUGUUUCUAGAUAUCCUAGGCAUCCCUUUUUCCACCCUCCUGUCAAGUACACUCUUGGAUUUGUGCACCCGGGACAGUUUUUCUGCAGGCAAUACAAAGAAGGGCUCUUGCUAAGUGAAAUUAUAUAAGCAGGGUUUUGUGGAUUUCCUUGUAAAAACAGAAGUGAUAGGCAGCCCUGGGAGUGGACCACCAGAAAGUGACAUUUUCAGAUAAUGAUGAUAAUCACACACACACACAAAAAUGUACUGCACACUAUGUACCAGGUACCGAGCUAAAUAAUUCCUUUAAAAAACUCACCCCACUUAAUACCACUGGAACUUCAUGAGGUUGGUACCAUUAUUACUCUUUUUUUUAAAAUAGGAAACCCAAGGCUUACAAGAUGUUAAAUAACUAGCCCAAGGUCACAGAAAGCUAAUCAAGAUUCAAGAAAAAAGGAUGACUCUAAAGUGUGUGUUCUUAAUAACUAUUCUCCACUGACACAAAGUGGAAAGGGAAGCAUCCUAAAUCUAAUAAAGGCAUGUCUAUUAUUUUAUGAUAUGGCAACUCUAUUAUCUUUCCUGAAUGUGUGCAUUUUCUUUUCUUUUUUUAAAAAACACUGACACAGGAAAUCUUUGUAAAGAAGUCUUCAGUUUACUGAAGUCCUCAGUGUUUCUUUAGGGGAAAGCUCUUAAAACAAAGUUGGCGAACUUUCUCUGGAAAGAGCCAGAUAGUAAAUACUUUUAGGCUUUGCACAACUAUCAACUCUGCCAUUGUGGCCUGAAUGCAGCCAAUCCACAACAAAUGGGUGGGCUGUGCUCCAAGAAAACUUUAUUUAUGGACACUGAAAUUUGGAUUUAAGAUAAUUUUCACAUAUCAUAAAAUAUUCUUCUUCUUUCAAUUUUUUUCCUUCAAUCGCUUAAAAAUGUAAAAACCAUUCUUGGCUCAAGGCAGUACAGAAACAGGUGAUGGUUCAGAUUUGGCCAAGAGACUGUAAUUUGCUGACCUUGUCUUAAAAAAAAAAAUUCUUAAGAGACCAUGUGUAUCACACAUACAUAUGAUAUGCUUCCAAAAUUUUUGAUCAUUUAAAAUCACCUCUUCAAAAUCUAUUUGAAGCCUUUAUGGUUCCCUUUUCAAUUCUUAGAAACAAAUAAAAGUACAUGUAAGAUACCCAUCUUAUCAAUGGAAGAAUUCCUCAUCUUUUGUUGUGUAAUUGGAGUGUAGCUUAUGGAAAUAAGUAAUUUUGUUUAUACUGUGUUGUUAUCUUCCCUGAUAAUUCUAAAGCUCUGAUAGACUGAGUUUGACAUUUCUUUCUGUAGCCUGGAAAUCGUUUUCCAAGAAAAAUCUGUGUUUAUGAUACACAGUUAAAGAUUAAAUGAGGUCAAGAUGACCUUGAAUACUAAGAAAAAUUGUGUUGUUACUCUAUGUAAUCCUGAAAAGAAGGCUCAUGCUGUAUAUGGGUAGUUUGACAUCUUUCCUUCUUUGUUCUUAGUUAGGCCACUUUAUUUGCAGACUUCUUCUGAAUAUUCUGCUAACAACUGCCUAAAUAGAUAAAUAUGUGGUUGGAA